AUGAAUCGGCCUAAUCAACGUACUGUUCGACUGGACAAAUUCUUCGGCCAAGUGUUAUAUGGCAAGAAGGCAUUGACGACGUCUGACAAUGUGAAGCUUUUCGUUGAAGCUAUCCUUGAGCAAUCCAAUCGUUCAACCUGUAUUGAGCGCCUAAUCGCCAGUCCGGAAGCACGCGCUGCCAUCCAUAACGGCCUUCGGUUCGACCUGUCUCCAGCAUUUAUCAACCAGACUACAGCUUCCUUUAUACGCUACCUGUCGGAUCCUGUUGUGAAGCAACUGUGCAAUGGCCAGUUUCUCCAGCAGCUACUGACUACUAUUGUGGAACCCCGGACAAUAUGGAACGCUUUUAUGCACGCAUUUCAGACGCGGAAGCUGAGCGAGGAUUCAACUUAUGCAUUCGCCUGGAUGCUGUUCGAGUUACUUUCUCUGCCUCCAUCUAGCCAGAUCGACCUGACAGAAGAUGCAAACAUAGUGGUCAGUGAUGGAUCGCUCCAGCAGUCAUCGUUGCCAGAUAUUCGCGCUCUGGGGCAUAAGAUCGAGCAUAUUCUGCGCGUUCGAUCCUCCAGUGCGCCCCUGGAUCCUGAAUUUGCGCCCGGAGGCCGCCACGAUAACGACUUUGCCGAGUUUUGGAAAAUUGCCAUUUAUCCAACGGCUGGUGAAUUUACAUCCACCGAGAAGCCCUUCUACCGCCGUGCCGAUGAGAUAGCCAACAUCCCUGCGGAAACACGUAUCACCGCUCAUCUGGACAAUCAGUUCCGUCUCCUGAGAGAAGACAUGAUCUCUGAGUUGCGCGAUGAUAUUCAGAUCGCCCGUGGACAGAAGAAGGGACGCCGAUCUUUUACACUUCUGCGGCGAUUGUCUUUGCGUGGAGCCCGCUGCCGUGAGGGUAAGAGGUUCAAGCCUUUUGCUCUGUCGCUUGCUUGUGAAAAGGGACUGGAGUCGUUGUCUGGACUCACUCAUGAUCAAAAGAAACAAUAUUUGAAGGACAACCCGCAAUUCCUCAGACACCAUUCGUUUGGAUGUCUCACUCGCCAUGGGGAAAUCAUUGCAUUUGGCACAAUCGAGCGCGAUAUUGAUACAUUGUCCCUCGACCCUCCUCAGGUAGUAUUGCAAAUCCUGGGGGAAGCAGCGCUGAAAGAAACACUCCUAGCGCUAAAACUGUACAACGAUGUCGAUUUUCUCAUGGUCGAUGCACCCGUGUUCGCUUACGAGCCGAUUUUAAAAUGCCUCCAGAGCAAGACCGACCUGGCCCUGGCAAAGGAACUGUUACAGCACAAUAAAGGUGACCCGGCAGCAUCGUCAGCGCUAAUCAGCUCUUCAAUUCUCCAUCAAAUUACAGCUGCGGGGAUUACCGACCUUCAGCAUAUCUUGAAGACGAAAAAGCCCGUCAGUCUAGAGACUUCCCAGCAUGAAUCCUUCCUUGCGGGUCUGAAACAGAGCGUAAGCCUUAUCCAAGGGCCUCCAGGAACCGGAAAAUCCUUCGUUGGCGCUCUGUUGACCAAGGCAUUCCAUGAACACACCAAUGAAAAAAUUGUUGUCAUGUGCUAUACGAACCAUGCUUUAGAUCAGUUUCUCGAAGAUCUUCUUGAUAUAGGAAUCAAUAAAGAGGCUAUUGUUAGGCUUGGAUCCAAGUCCUCUUCACAGACUCUUGAGCUCACCCUGCCGAAACAACGAAUCCCCUAUCGGCGAGGCCGUUCUAGCUGGGAUGUGAUUAACUCGUUAGAAUCUGAAGCGAGUAACCUGGAGGACAACUUGACGGGGGCAGUUGACGCUCUACAGAAUUUCGCCGUAAACACUGGAGCUAUUUUGGAGUUCUUGGAGUUCGAAGAUACAGUCUUCUACGAGGCAUUCAUUCCUCCAAAGCAGGACGACGGCAUGUCUGUUGUGGGUGCACAUGGAAAAGCCGUAAAUUCACAUUAUCUUUUUGGGACUUGGGCCCAAGGCCAGCACCCUGGGGCGUUGGUCAAACAGCUGCCAAGAGAGAGCCAGCAGGUAUGGGAUAUAGAGCCGGAAGCACGCAAAGGCCACAUCAACAAAUGGAAAAAGGCCUUGCUCGAGGAACAGGUCCUCAAUACGCAGGCCAUCGCCCAACAAUUUGACACUAUCCAAGACCGGCUUGGGAAAAUGUGGAACGAGAGAACCUUAACGGUUUUGAAGACCAAACGAAUCAUCGGGUGCACCACGACAGGAGCUGCGAUGUAUAGUGAAGAUCUCCGCCAGGUUGAACCUGGUAUUGUAGUACUCGAAGAGGCUGGUGAGAUCUUGGAAUCGCACGUUCUGACUGCCAUGGGCUCCGAAACAAAACAACUCGUGCUCAUCGGUGACCAUCAACAGCUGCGGCCCAAGAUCAACAAUUAUGCGCUUUCUGUCGAGAAAGGCCAUGGUUACGACUUGAACCGCUCUCUUUUCGAACGUUUAGUCGUUGCUGGCUAUCCGCACUCGACACUGGCCAAACAGCAUCGCAUGUGUCCCGAGAUUUCAUCACUCGUGAAACAUCUGACCUAUCCCGAUUUGUUGGAUGAUCCGAAGACGCUGAAUCGUCCAUCGCCACGAGGGCUACAAGACCGCGUUAUAUUCUUGGAUCAUCGCAACCCCGAGGAACAGUUUGGAGCAAUUUCCGAUCGUCGAGAUGAGGGCGCGAAAGGAAGUAAGCGUAACAUAUUUGAGGUCGAGAUUGUACUGAAGAUUGUGAAAUACCUCGGGCAACAGGGAUAUGGAACGGACAAGUUGGUUGUUCUCACUCCCUAUCUGGGACAACUGCAUCUGCUGCGAGAUAAACUGAAGAAGGAGAACGAUCCAGUGUUGAAUGAUCUGGAUUCGUAUGAUCUUGUUCGAGCGGGCUUGCUAUCUAACGCUGGGGCUCAGCAUCGAAAGCGACCUAUUCGCUUGUCCACCAUAGACAACUACCAAGGCGAGGAGAGCGACAUUGUCAUCGUAUCACUUACUCGCAGCAACGAUAAUGGAGACAUCGGCUUUAUGGCUGCACCGCAGCGACUGAACGUUUUACUAUCUCGAGCUCGCGACGUGUUGAUAAUGGUAGGGAACUCGGAGGCAUUCGUCAAGAGCCGCAAGGGAAAGGAACUUUGGACCUCGUUUACCAACCACAUGGAUGCCAAUCACCAUUUGUAUGACGGGUUGCCUGUCAGGUGUGAGCGGCAUGGUCGACAGGCCGUUCUCAAAACCAAGGAGGAUUUUGAUACGGAGUGUCCAGAUGGCGGUUGUCCCUUACCUUGUGGUGCGAUGCUCAACUGCGGAGUCCAUUCUUGUCCCUCGAAAUGCCACCAACUCUCGGACCAUUCCAAGAUGAUAUGCUAUAACAUCGUCGAUUCAACGUGCCCCCGUGGCCACCGGGCUACUCAACCCUGCUUCCAAAGCGGAAUGAUUUGUCGCUAUUGUGUUGCUGAGGACGAAACCAAGGAGAAACGGCGCCAGAGAGACAUGAAGCUAGAGGCUGAACGCGAGAGAAGGCAAAGUCAAUACGCGCGCGAGCUCGCAGAGCUACAGGAGGAGAUUGGGCACCAACGCCGUCUUCGAAGGGAGGAGUACGAGUCACAGCAACGCCAAAAGAUUAUUGACCAAUACCGCGCGGAACUUGCAAAGUUGAAGUCAGGGAAGGAGGGCUCGAUGAGUGACAUCAGUGUCAAUAUUAAUGGCGAUGAACACUGCCCAGGAUUUAAUGGCUUUGCAGACCGUAAGAACCAUCACGAGCACGAACGGAAUGGCGAUCCUGGUGGCAAAGCAGAUAAAAACGGGGCUUCAGAGCCGGCGAAGUCUGAUGCCCAGGCAGAUUGGGAUUUUCAAAAGCAGUUUGAAGGAGCACAGAGCACUGAAAUUGAUACACUGAUGGGUAUGAUCGGUCUCGAGGGCGUCAAGGAAAAGUUCCUCUCCAUCAAGGCCCAAGUAGACACCGCAACCCGUCAGAAUGUAGAUUUAAAGAACGAGCGGUUUGGGACCGUGCUGGUCGGGAACCCUGGAACUGGUAAAACAACCGUUGCGCGCUUAUACGCCAGCUUUCUCGCAUCUGUCGGAGUGCUUCCUGGUAAUACCUUCGAGGAGACCACCGGAUCACGACUGGCAAACGAUGGAGUCUCGGGAUGCGAGAAGAUAAUCAACAAGAUACUCAACAACGGUGGAGGUGUACUAUUCAUUGACGAGGCGUACCAGCUAACCGAAGGCAUGUCAGCGGGUACAAAUGUCAUAGACUAUCUCCUGGCCGAAGUCGAAAAUCUGACAGGAAAGAUCGUCGUCGUACUUGCAGGAUAUCGAAGCCGGAUGGAGAAGUUCCUUGGUCACAAUCCAGGGUUACCAAGUCGGUUUCCGCAUGAGCUCCGGUUCGACGACUAUAACGACGAUGAGCUGCGUCAGAUUUUGAAAUACCGAAUGAACAAAAAGUAUAAUGGACAGAUGAAGAUAGAAGGCGGACUGGAUGGUUUGUACAGUCGUAUUGUCUCUCGACGUGUUGGCCGCGGACGUGGUAAGGAAGGGUUUGCAAACGCACGAGCAGUCGAAAAUGCCAGCGCACGUAUCGCAGAGCGUCAGGCAAAACGGCUCGUGAAAGAGAGAAGAAGCCAACGCACCGUGGACAACAUGCUGCUGACCAAGGAAGACCUCAUUGGCCCGGAGCCAUCACAGGCACUCGAGAACUGCUCUGCCUGGAAGAAGCUACGUGAUAUGAUCGGACUGCAGUCUGUUAAGGAUACUUUGCGGGCCCUUUUGGAUAGCAUUCAAGACAAUUAUCGUCGCGAGCUCGAGGAGAAGACACUUGUGGACUUCACCCUGAAUAAAGUUUUCCUUGGAUCGCCAGGGACAGGCAAGACGUCAGUCGCAAAGCUCUAUGGCCAGAUACUGGUUGAUCUUGGCAUGUUGUCUAGCGGAGAAGUUGUCGUCAAAACCCCCGCCGAUUUUGUCGGUUCUGUCCUGGGCGAAUCCGAGAAAAAUACCAAGGGAGUCCUAGCAUCCACUGUCGGAAAGGUACUCGUUAUUGAUGAAGCCUACGGGCUUGCUGGAGGCGGCGGUCGCAAUGGCAGCGGAGCAUCGACAGAUCCUUAUAGAAGUUCGGUAGUGGAUACAAUUGUGGCCGAGGUGCAGAGCACACCGGGCGAUGACCGAUGCGUACUUCUCCUUGGUUAUCAGGACCAGAUGAUGGAAAUGUUUCAGAAUGUUAACCCCGGACUUGGACGACGAUUCCCCAUGGACUCGGCCUUCAUUUUUGAGGACUUCACUGAUGACGAGCUUGGUCAGGUUUUGGAUCUCAAGCUGAAGCAGCAGGCAUUUGAGACGACGGCUCAGGGUAGGAAGGUGGCAUUGGAAGUCCUGGCUCGAGCUCGCAAUCGGCCAAACUUUGGGAAUGCGGGAGAAAUCGAUAUUCUGCUGAAUGGCGCAAAAGUCCGGCAUCAGCAACGAUUGUCAGCUGAAAGAGCGUCGGGAAGGCUAUCCACAAACACUUCCAGGUUCGAGCCGCAGGAUUUCGACAAGGAGUACGACCGGGGGGAGCGUGCAGAAACAAAUAUCCCCAUGCUCUUUGCUGGCAACGUUGGCUGUGAGAAAAUUGUGGAGCAGCUCGAAGGAUAUCGUCAAACGGUACGGAACAUGCGCAAGUUGGAUAUAGAUCCCCGUGACCAGAUUCCUUUCAAUUUCCUGUUUCGUGGGCCUCCUGGAACUGGGAAGACUACUACCGCAAGGAAAAUGGGCAAGGUUUAUUAUGACAUGGGAUUUUUGUCUUCCGCGGAUGUGAUCGAAAGCUCUGCGACCGACCUCAUCGGCCAGUAUCUCGGUGAGACGAGCCCAAAGACUCAAGCCCUCUUAGAAAAGGCACUGGGAAGGGUACUGCUUGUGGACGAGGCGUAUCGCCUGGGAGAAGGCCCUUAUGCAAAGGAUGCAAUAAACGAGAUGGUCGAUUGCAUUACCAAGCCUAAGUUCAAGCAGAAACUGAUUAUUAUCCUUGCUGGAUAUGAUGGCGAAAUCAACGGACUCAUGGCGCUUAACCCCGGACUGACGAGCCGCUUUCCGGAAUCCAUCUCGUUUCAAAACCUCGAUGCCAAUGCUUGUGUCAAUCUAUUGACUACAUUGCUCAGUUCUCAGAAGCAUAAGCUGAACCAGCGCCUCGGAAACGUCAAUAUGGACGCAUUGGAACAUCCAACGCUCCCAUUCCUCGAAGACCUGAAGGCACGUUUCUCGGCACUAGCCCAGAUCUCCAACUGGGCGAAUGCGCGCGAUGUAGAGACUCUGGCACAGGCCAUCUUCCGCAACGCUGUGAAGUCCAUCACUAAUAAUUGUUUUGUCGUGGAUCAGAAGAUCGUUCUCAGCGAGGCAGACCGUAUGAUUACUGAACGCAUGCACCGUCAAACAACAUCACUUUCCAAUGGACACACUCCUGCUUUGCAGAAUAGUUUCGCGAUGAAUAUGCAGGCCCCUCAUACACAUCCUACCAAAACAUCAUUCAAUACACACUCGCAUCAGCGGCCACCUGAGGAAGAGCAAGAACAGCAGCUUGAGUCGUCUCAGCCUCCAGUUGAUGUAAAAAAACUUCGAGAUCCCGGCGUGACAGAUGAUGUGUGGACCCGGCUGCAACAGGACAAGGCCGCAGAGGAAGCUCGAGAAAAACAGUACCAAAAACUUCUUGAAGAAGAAAACGCGACAAGCAAAGCAGUUGAGAACGCUCAACGGAAGGAGACAGAUGCGGCGAACCGAGUGAAACAAGACCAAGACCACAACGAUGAUGCCAUGAAGCGUCAUGAACAGGAACGUUUAAAGCAUGAACUGGAGCGCAGAGCCUAUGAAGACGAACUUGAGCGUCUGAAAAAGCAGCGAGAAGAAGAACAGAAACGUCGAAAGCAGGAACAAAAAGUCCAGAAAAAGCUGCGGGAAAUGGGAGUUUGUUGUGCUGGCUUCCAGUGGAUCAAGCAGGAAUCUGGCUAUCGAUGCGCAGGAGGGUCGCACUAUAUGUCUAACGAGCAGCUUGGAAUGUAG